UUUUAUCACUUGUGAGAAAAUGAUCUCAAGAACGGCGAAAGCGUUUCGGUUGACGAAGCCAAUAAAAAUUUUCUCCAUCCGUUACUGUAGCCAAAAUUCAACCGAUGUGGUAGGAACUAAAAAAAAUGACGAAAUUCAAUUGAAUUCACAAUUACAUCUGGUCAAAUCACGUUUAAAGAUAAAUCCAAAAGAUACCAGUAUCAUAUUGUUUCCUGGACAGGGUAGUCAAUUUGUUGGAAUGGGUUCAGCUAUUUUUGAUGCCCCAAACGUGGAAAAAAUGUUUGCAAAAGCCAAAACAAUACUUGGAUAUGAUUUAUUGAAACUCUGCAUCAACGGACCUAUGGAAGUUCUAACUAAAACUGAACAUUGUCAGCCGGCAAUAUUUGUCACAUCAUUAGGAGCUGUUGAAUACCUACGACAUACUAAAGUAACUGAAGUAGAAUCAUGUGUUGCAACCGCAGGAUUUAGCAUCGGUGAGAUAACCGCAUUAGUAUUCGCCAAUGCCAUGUCAUUUGAGGAUGGUUUACGUCUUGUAAAACUUCGUGCCUCAGCUAUGCAAUUGGCUUCAGAAACGGUACCUUCGGCUAUGUGUACCGUAUUUUUGUAUGCUGAUGCCCAGAUUAAAUUAGCCUGUCAAGCUGCCCGGGAAUGGUGCAAACGAUUACAAAUACCUGAUGAACAUGCUGUGUGUUCAAUAGCGAAUCACCUGUUUCCCCAUUGUAAAGUGAUUGCUGGUCACGAAGAAGCUAUUAAAUUUCUACAGCUAAAUGCUAAAGAUUUCGGUAUCAAGCGAAUGCGACGCUUACCAGUCUCUGGUGCUUUUCAUACUACGUUAAUGAAACCAGCUGAAAAGGUGCUGAAACAAGUGCUAGAAAAAAUGAAUCUUGAAAUUCCUUUAAUACCUGUAUAUUCAAAUUAUGAUGCUAAAAUUUAUCGUUCUGUGAAUGAAAUACGUGAAAAAUUAGCUUUGCAAAUCUGUUCACCAGUCAAAUGGGAACAAAUUCUUCAUCGAAUGUAUGAUCGAUCAAAUGAUACUUCAUAUCCACAAACAUAUGAAUGUGGUCCAGGAACGGGCCUAUUGUCUACACUUGAAAUGGUCAAUCGUGAGGCUCGUAAAUAUAGUAAACAUGUUAAAGUUUAAUAUAAGUUUACUUUAAUAUAGAAUUAAUAAAAUGUCGUUAUUUUUUUUAUA